CAAAUGCUGAUUUGGCACAUGUGAAAAAAAAUGUAAAUUAAAUUCCACAGUUUGAUAUAUAUAUUGGAAUCAUUUUGAUCUUAUGUCUGCAAAGGGAGGUCAUCAUGUAUCUGAUACAGACUCAGAUAUUACUGUUGGACCAGAAGAUAGUGACGUGACCACUGAAUCACCACACAAAUCACCAGUAAAGCUUCCGUCAUUAAGUAAAAGAAGAAGUGAAGUUCAUGAGAUUUCAGAGUCUGAAGAGGAAAGUGAAGAAUAUUUCAUUUUGAAAGGGACCUCUAAAGGGAAAGGAAAAUCUUCAUUAUUUAACUCAUUGAAAUCCACAUCUGAACAAAACGAAUCUAAAUCACUUGUUAAACAAAGUAAUAAAUCAUCAGAAACGUUGACUAAGCUUAAGUCACAAGAAAAGACAACAAAAUCAUCAUCAGAAUGUUUUUCAAAGUCACUAGACAACAGAACAAAGCCAUCAUCAGAAACUUUGACUAAGUCAAUAGACAAGAAGACAAAGUUGUCACUAGAAACUUUGACUAAGUCACAUGACAAGAGAACAAAACCAUCAUCAGAAAGUUUGACCAAGUCCUCUGAGAAAAAGACUAAGUCAUUUACAGAAAUAGAGAACUGGUUAGAUAAGAUUGAUUCCAGUCCAGAGGCUGAAAAGGUUGAUAUUAAAAAAAGAUUUGACAGUCCAGUGGAGAAAGGCAAACAUUCUGAUUAUAAACCAUCACCAUCUAGUGGCUUGAAGAGAAAACAGACAGUUUUACUUGAAGAAGAAAAGAAGACAGUUAGUAGAAAGAAACCUCCUUGUCAGUAUGGGUCAAAAUGUUACAGGAAAAAUCCAUCUCAUCUUCAAGAAUUCAGCCAUCCAGAUGACAAACAACAGACAUCAGGGAGUCUGAGUGGUAGAACCUCACAAGAAUCUCCACCAAGAAAAAAGCCAAAGAUAUCCAUAACAGGUCCUCGAUCUCCAGAUCAAGUCUAUAGUGAAGGACAACCGUAUAGUUUCUUCCUAACCAAAGUUCAUGGUAUACAAAACCAAUACAACCAAGUCUUAGCAAUGGAUAUCAAAGAUAUACUGUCACCAAUUAUGGGAACAUUGCAAGCUUCGUGUCAGUUUAAUUACAUGUUUGAAAUUCCAUGGUUAAUGAAACAGUACCCAGAACAAUUCAGGUCAAAACCUUUACUUCUUGUACAUGGUUUUACUGCCGGUAAUAAAACAGCCUUGGAAAUAGAAGCCACUAAAUACUCCAAUAUAAAAUUUUGUCAGGCAAGAUUAGAAAUGAUAUAUGGUACACAUCACACAAAGAUGAUGAUACUACUAUAUGAAGAAGGAAUGAGGGUUGUUAUCCACACAUCUAACUUGGUAGAAAGAGAUUGGUACCAGAAGACUCAAGGAAUGUGGAUUAGUCCAUUAUUUCCAAAGUUAAAGAAAGAGGAGAAUAAAAGUAAUUACUCUAGAGGAGAUUCACCAACGAAUUUCAAAAAAGAUUUGUUAGACUACAUAGGAUCCUAUAAAGCCUAUCAACUGAAGGACUGGCAACAAAAUAUAGCAGACCAUGAUAUGUCUAGUGCUAAAGUAGUUAUUAUUGGUUCAUCUCCAGGGAGACAUAUGGCAGAAAAUAAACACAAAUUUGGACACAUGAGACUACGCAAAGUUUUAAAUACACAUGGACCACAAAAAGACUUUGUGAAAUCAUGGCCUGUGAUUGGUCAAUAUUCAAGUAUUGGAUCCUUAGGAGCAACCAAAGAUGCCUGGCUUGCCACAGAGUUCUUACAGUCAUUGGCAACUGUAGAGGGAUCUAGUUGUGUACCAUUAGCAUCAAUAAAUUUGAAACUUAUAUUUCCAACAAAGGAUAAUGUAAGAUGUAGUUUAGAAGGUUAUCCUGCUGGAGCCUCUAUACCAUAUAGUAUUAAUGUUGCCAAGAAACAAACAUAUCUUACUUCUUUCUUCCACCAUUGGAUAUCUAAAGGAAGAGGAAGAAGUAGAGCUAUGCCACAUAUCAAGUCAUAUUGUCGACCUUCACCUUCAUCACAGGAAGUGGCCUGGUUCCUUGUUACAAGCGCUAAUCUGUCUAAGGCAGCAUGGGGAGCCUUGGAGAAGAAAGGAAGUCAGUUAAUGAUAAGGUCAUAUGAACUUGGAGUUUUAUUCUUGCCGAAGUUCUUUGGAAGUAAGAAAACAAUUCCUGUCUCUAGUGAUAUCAAUGAUGCAGAUAAACUUUUAUUGCCAUAUGAUUUACCACUAAAGCCAUAUCAGAAGGAAGAUAGUCCUUGGAUAUGGGAUAUAGCUUAUAAAGAAUUACCAGACUGUAAUGGGAACAUGUGGUGCCCUAGCUGACAUUUUGAUUGGUGUAAUGACAUUAUUUAUGAAAUAAAUUAUGAUGCUAUUUC